UUUUUUUCUUUCUUUCUUUCUUUUCGUUGGUUAAAAAAAAAGACAAGUCAUCCAUCAUAUCAUUUUACUUUUGAAAAGAAGAAACUAUUUUGAAUAAAACGCGCAUAGAAAAGAAGGGUCCAUCUGUAUAGUAAAGAAUGCCUUUAUUGAACAAAAAACGAAUUGUUCUCUCUUCACCAAUACGAUUGGAUGGAAAACGACGACGGAAAGAAGUUUAUUAUUUGAAAUGUACCGAUGAAGUUUUUCCAAAUUACGAAUCUUAUAUUAAACGUUGGACUCUUUGUCAUAGACGUAUUUGGGAAUGUGAAGUCACUGGUCGUCAACAUCUAACUUAUCAACAAGCAAAGGAAAGUGAACAAGGUGAUAUUCGUGUAGAAUUCAAAUUUUGUCUUGUCCUUCGGAAACGAUUAUUAUCUCAUAUUCAAUUCAAAACGAUGGGACUAGAUGCUUUGGCUCAAAAUUUGUAUACUACAUUUCUUACUGAUUUUGUCAUUGGUGAAGUCGUUUAUUGUUCGCUUGGUGGUCAUACUUAUCUUGGUCAAAUUCUAGAUAUUAUCCCAAAUCCAAAUUUUAUUCCUCCUCCACCUUCCAUCAAGAACGAAGAAGAAGAUGAAGAAGAAGAAUGUGUACCUCGUCAAGCCAAUGGUCGAUUAAGAUUUCCUGAUGCUUUUCUUCAUCCUGAACCAACCUCUGUGGAUUCUACAACAAAUAACAAUCGUAUUACUUCAUCAACCCAAUCAAAACAUUCUUUAGACUCAAAUCGAUUCAGAUAUCGUGUUCAAUUGAUUGACAAUGAAGGUGCUCCUCUAGAAAAGUCUGUGCGGAUUCUGGAGCUAUCUGAAUUAUCUCGUGAUUCUCACUAUUUUAAUCACUCUGUUCUUCAACAUCUCAUUCGUGAAACUGCUUCUAGAGAUAGCUAUAUUGGUGCUCCUUGGUUACUCAAAGAACAUGUCGCCAAACAAUAUGAUAUUUCAACGAAGUUACCAUCACAAUUACAAAAAGUGCAAGAUACAGCUUACUACAAUAUCAUUCAACAACGUCAACAGCAAAGACCACGCAGGACCCUUAGCAACAACUAUCCACAACAUUCUCCAAAUCAUCACAGUAACAGCUCCACAAGUACAUGGUCCAUUCAUCAAUCUUUCCCACCGUCUAACCACCUUGCAAUGAAAGAAGAACGGGAUGCCGAAAAACAAGCAAGAAAGGAAGAACACCAGCGACUCAAGAUUCAGCAAAAGUUAGAAAAGGAACGUAUUCGGGAAGAAAGAAAGAAACAAGCAGCCGUCAAGUACCCAAUUGAAGAUCUUGACUUGCCGAUUUAUCGAAAAGAUCCUAAUCAUCAUUGGACCUUGGUUGAUAUGACACCCAGUAACUACCAUUUACCUCCAUCACAACAACAGCAAGUAUCUACAUCAUCACCGUCAUCAUUACUCAAUUCACCUGUUACAACCCCUAUCAUAGACAACACCAAUCAACACCAAUCAUCUUUCAAUCAAGAAAAAUCGUCCAGUGUUCGUAUUCCUUACCCUUGUGGUGGUCGUGGUCCAAGGCCUAUUCCAAAUGAACGCUCAUGUUUAGAUACCAUGGAUGACCAACAAUUUGAAGCUAUGAUGACCGUCUGGAGCUUCUUGACCGUAUUUUCCGUGCCUCUGAAGUUACCUACUAUGACCAUUGAACUCUUUGAAUCAUCUUUACUGACUCCAACGACUUCUGGAUCUACAACCACAUCAACUUCCUUGACUCCUUUAAUUCAAAGUUUCACCAGUUUACUGAAUAUCAUCAUUAAGGAACGACAACAAGGAACGACAAGCGAUAUUGUAAAUGGUGAUCAUGUUGAAGACUAUUUGCAAGAUAACGCCGACUCCAGUAGCUCUGCUGAAGAUGAUAGUGAUGAUGAUGAUGAUGAUAAGGAUAAAAAAGAGGAUGAUACUCCUCGUAUGGAUUCUGACAAUGAUGAUGAUGAUGAUAAUGAACGUUCUAUUCGAAAACGGGCGACAAUCGAAAGGCGAAAAACUAGACAAUCAACAGGGUCUUUGAAAAGAAAUGAUACUCGUGAAAAGUACAAUGGUGAUAACAAAAACAACAGCGAUGAUAAGGAUGACGAUGAUUCUCAUUCUGGACUUGGUUGGCGGGAACAAGAACCAUUACGUUUGUCUAAAGAUUGGGACAAGAAGGAAAUCCGAUCGGAUCGUCGAAACUGGCUGGUGGCAUUGAUUGGAUGUUUGAAUGAUGUGGCUACUCCACUUUUGGUACCUGGUAUAGAUUCUAUUUUACAUCACUUACUACCUAGAGCACAUAGCACUAUUGUGGAACGAGAUCGUCAAUUUGCUUCACUGGAUAUCGGUCGGAAAUUACAAUUGUUAUCUUUCUUGAUCGAGGUUGUCAAUGAAUCUGUGAUCAUCAAGAAUUAUAUGGAUGAAUGUCAAGAUCAGAUGACUGAAUUAAGACGACAAAAAGCAGAAUGGAACAAGGAAUAUAAGCUCUUUGUUGCACGAAAAGCCGCCUUGGAAAAAAAACAGGAUGAACAACUCCAAAAACGACAAGGUAACGACGACACUACUGAUGGCCAGGAUGCAGACAACGAUACCAAUGAUUCUACAGCUGAUGCGGAUGAACACAAUAAAACUUUGGAUGAAGACGACGAUGACGAUGAAGACAAUGACAAUGAUGAGUUUUCAGAUGACGAUGAAGACAUGGAUGAAGAUGAUGAUGACGAUGAUGAUGAAGACCUAGAUGAAGAGGAUGAAGACGAAGAUGAAAGUGAAGCUUCUAGUGAUGAUGAAAAUGGUUUUUCUGGUUCCGACGUGGAAAAUCAAAGUGAAAGGAUUCCCAAAAAACGAAAGACCAAAUACGGACAAUUACAUCAGUCAAGGCAGGUGAAAUUACAAAGGAAAAAGCAACGACGAGCAAUCAAGGAAGAACUCCAGAAAAAGCGACAUGCCAAGAAAAAGCAAGAAGCAAAACUUAAACAUCAGGAACUACGACAACGACAAGAAGAUAGACGACAACUCAAACAAGAGGAACAGGCAUUGAAACAAAAAGAAGAGCAACUGGAAAGGGAAAUGCGACGCUACAUGAUCUUACGAAUACGGCCUCUUGGGAAAGAUCGUUUCUUCAAUCGGUAUCUCUACUUGGAUAACAUUGGUACACCAGAUCAUCAUGGCACAGGGCGUUUAUAUGUUCAAUCUCCCACCUUUGUCGAUAUUUUACAAAUGAUGGAUCGUGAUUUUCAUCCAUCAUCCAACGGUGUUGUCAGUGGUCCUACGACGAUUGGAUCGCCUGCUUCUUCUUCAGCCGCCGCGACGCCUACACCAAAUGGACAGCAAUAUCAAGACGAAAGUACAUCUAUUACGCCGGCAUGGGGUCGUGGUGGAGGACGACAGUUUAUUUUAGAAUUAAUGAAGGAACAAGGUUUGAUCAAGGAACGCGACUGGCUGGCGCAAAGAAUGGAUGCUCUGCAACAAGAAUUAGACAAUGUGGAUACCAUACGGCAGCAAUCCUCCUCUAGUACAUUGGACCAUUCCUUCUGUAGUCAUCAUCCUGCAUUAUCACAACAUCUUCAUCAACAACAAGGUGGUGGUUGGUGGUACUACUACUCCGAUCCUGAACAAAUCCAUCAAUUACUAGCUUGGUUAAAUCCAAAGGGAAUUAGAGAAUACAAGCUACGCAAUGAAAUCGUGAAACAUCAACAUUAUAUUAUGGAAUCCAUGAAAAAGCAUGAUAAAAUGGAAAAACAAUCAACUCAAACAACUCAAGCGACUCCCACUUCUCCUAUCACCCGUGUGACUCGUGCCAAGAAAUCAUGACCUUUUGACUCCAUUCAAUCAUUUGUAGUUUACUAGUUUUUUAUUUGGAAUUGAAUGAAUAAUAAAAACAAAAAGACAUUGAUCUCUUUGAUUCUCUUUUACAACUACUGUG